CCCACGAAGCACGAGCCCCCGAACCCUAACAUUGAAAAUCCACAUCAAAAAUUCUUUUAUUUAUGAUACUAAUAAAAUGUGGACAACGUUCAGUUAUUUUUUUGUACUUUUUGUGUUUUGAUGCUUGUGGAAUCCAUGGUUCAGCUCUCUGCCACUUCAACCGCGUUUGGUUAAUGUUUACAUUUUUUGAAGUGCGACGACAGAAAACACACCAGAAAAAAAAAAUAGAUUCGUUAAUUAAUUAUGGAUUAUUUUCAAGCAAUUGCUUUUUUAGUUCUCUUGUUGCUAGCUUGGGGUUUUGCAGCACAAAUCCAGCAACCAAAUUUAGUCUUCAUCUUAGCUGAUGAUUUUGGAUGGAAUGAUGUCAGUUUCCAUGGUUCCAAACAAAUACCAACUCCAAACUUGGAUGCCCUGGCUUUUUCAGGUCUAAUUUUACAAAACUACUAUGUAACCCCUCUCUGCACUCCAUCGAGGAGUGCUUUAAUGACUGGAAAGCAUCCAAUUCACACAGGAAUGCAGCAUGAUGUGCUCUAUGGAUAUUCAAGAUAUGGAUUACCACUGUCAGAGACUACUUUGCCUGACCAUCUGAAGUUACUUGGUUACAAGAACCAUAUUGUUGGUAAAUGGCAUUUGGGCCACUACAAAAGUGUGUACACACCACUUCACAGAGGAUUUGACUCCCAUUAUGGAUAUUGGACAGGGCAUCAAGACUAUUACGACCAUACGGCUGUCGAAUGGAACGCUUGGGGCUACGAUAUGAGGCGAAAUAAUUCCGUGGAUUGGUCUGCGUACGGAAAAUACACGACCACUAUUUUGACAGACGAAGCUCGUGACGUGAUAACAAAACACGACAUUUCGAGUCCCCUGUUUCUGUACAUAGCACAUCUCGCUGUUCAUUCAGCGAACCCAUAUUCGCCUUUACAAGCGCCAGAGGAAACCGUAAAAAUGUUUUCUAAUAUAGAGGAUCUCCAACGCCGACGAUAUGCAGCCAUGGUACACGAAUUGGACGUUUCGGUUGGUAAGAUAGUGAAAGCCCUCGGAGAUAAAAAUAUGUUGAAGAAUACAGUCAUCGUCUUCAGCUCAGACAACGGUGGUCCCGCCGCGGGCUUCAACCAAAACGCUGCUUCCAAUUGGCCUUUAAAAGGAGUUAAAAAUACUCCUUGGGAAGGAGGCGUGCGGGCUGCUGGCGUAGUUUGGUCUCCUUUAAUCCCGGAGGAUCGACGAGGUCGAGUUAUGUCUAAUCUGAUGGACAUAUCCGACUGGCUACCUACACUGUUUGAAGCCGCAGGUGAGUCUCAGCUUACUCCUGCAAGUAGCCUGAGCAAUUGUUUGUGCACCAUUUCCAAUCUAGGAGGCGAUGUGGCGUCCCUAAAAGGAUUGGAUGGCGUAAGUCAUUGGAGCACGAUCCUCUAUGAUAAGCCAUCUGCGCGUCAUCACGUACUCCAUAACAUUGAUGACAAAAUGGGAUACGCUGCCAUUAGGAAAAAAAAUUGGAAACUAGUCAAAGGAACUACUUACGAUGGUUCUUGGGAUGGCUGGUAUGGGCCAUCUGGGAGGAUGAACGAUAGCUGCAUACAUUCUUUUAACAGUAUUGACGGCGCUGGCCCGAUCGAAAAAAAAAAAUUACUGAAAAGUGAUGCUGGCCGCUAUAUUUCAAGGCUCGGUAUAUCUGUGAUAGAUAAUCUUAAUCAGCUUCUUAAAGAUGCCGAAAUCAAAUGCGGUGAGAGACCGGUCGAUGCACACGCUUGUUUACCGUUGGAUGCCCCUUGUCUUUUCGAUAUCGAUCAAGAUCCGUGCGAGUACAAUAAUUUAGCGGAAAAACUGCCCGACAUUGCCAACGACUUGCUCGAUCUACUUAACUGGUACAAUGCAACAGCGGUCGCUCCCCUUAACACUCAGCCAGAUCCUAUGUCUAAUCCGAAGUACUGGAACUAUACAUUUACAAAUUGGGCGGAUUUUGAAUAGACGUGGAACUUGUUAUUCUAAUAUCUCUCCGAAUAUAUGAUCCACUCUCUCUUGAUAGCUUUCAACACUAAAACUUGUAGACCAAUUGACCCAAUUGGUAUUCUUCUAUGAUCCUUGAUUAAUACUUUGAGGUGUAAAGAAGAAAAACGAAUGUCGAAUUAGAAAACAUUAAAGUACAAUACAUACUUACAGAGUUAUUUAGUAA